AUGGGUGCCUCGAUGUGCUGUUGGAUUUUAUGCAUUUCUUCUGUACCAACUACUCACUCGUUCAUCUUGACUCAGUCACCGGGACUCACACACGUCUCAGUCAAGAUGAACGAAGAAUUAAGAUGUAUAUUUGAGCAGACCGUUAGCUACUGCUUUAAUGCUGCUGCAUGGGAAAAGUUGAAUCUACGGACUGGAAAACUCACGACUGUGAAUACUAACCAUGAGAAUAAGGUUCGACAACAUGAUGAUAAAACAUGCGUUUUGACUCUUAAUAACUUAAUCCUGAAAGAUUCAGGCAUGUACUAUUGUAUUAGCCAUUAUAACCAAAUGGCUGUGAUCGGCAAUGGGAGCAGGGUGAUCGUAUCAGAUCGUUCUGUAACAAAACUAUCCAUCUUAUACACACCACAAGAACCUGACUCACCAUCGGUUUCACUGCAGUGUCUCGUGACUGGACUUGUCCCGUCUCAGGUGCGUGUGUUCUGGAAGAUUGGACAGAAUGAGCGUGCUGGAUGGACCGAGACCGGCUGGACAGACGACACUUAUUCAGCCACAGAAUUCACACAGGCUCAUCUCUCUGUUCCUGCAGAGGAGUGGAAUAAAGCCGGUGAAAUUCAGUGCUUUGCUAAUUAUGAUGGCAAGAGCAUCUCCAAAACUCUGACGCGAAGCGAGUUGAAUCAAAGAACUCUGUGGAUUCUGUACUGUGGCUGGGGGACGGUAUUGCUGACUAUGGCCGUGGUCUUCUCUGUUUGUUUAUGCCAAGGAUGA